CCCCGUUGGCAGUAUCUAUUCCGCCCUCAAUGUCUUCCCUUCUUUUACUCCUCAUCUUCACAUCAUCCUAAUCCUCCAUCAACAACCCUGUGAUUCUAUCUCUCCUGGAACUAACUCCUUGUCGACCAUGGCGAGUAUCAACAGCACCUUGACUCUGACGCGAUACAAAUCACCCCUCCCCCCAAACGUCAUAAUUUCCGGAUCAAAGCUUGGAUUUGCCAAACUCCAACACGCGAAUUUGGGCGCGCUCGUCGGCCCCGAAAACGGCGGAUACUAUCUCAAAUAUCCAGAGGGCAAGGUCGUAGCCGUCGCUAAUGACCAGCUAUGCUCUAUUAUCGACAAAAAGUUUCUAUCGCUAAUUUUCCAUCUUGAGAGAGAAGGUCUGCAUGAAGAGGCUAACGAAACUAUGGAGGAUUUACGAAAAGCUGGGAUUGACGCCGAUAGGCUUAAGGCAGAAGCGAGCGAUGAGAUCAAGAGCGGUACCUGUGGUCGGGAUGGUGAUUCUGAUGAGGACGCCUGUGAUGAUUUCGAUGGGGAUGCCUGUGAUGAUGGUCAACAGCCAAAAGCUGAGUCUUAACAGAUUUCCGCUGCUUUACCAGAGCAUCAGUAUCCAUUACUUUUCUGAGCCAUGGCAAUACAGGAUGCAUAUCCCUGAAUCCAAGCGUGUGAAUGGACAAUUAUCAAGUAUUCUGACCAGAAACGAAUCCA